AGGGCCAUAGAGAUUCCCUCCCUUCGGAUUUGAGGCCUUGGGUGGGGUAGAAGUGGGGGGCUCUGCCUCUUCUGUGCCUGUGAGUCAGCACUGUCCUCCUGAUUGGCCUUCACUUAGCAGCUCUCCUCCUCUGGGGAGGAGCCCAACUGCUCCUGGUCCAGCUCUCUCUUCUACAGUCAGAGAAGAGGCUUCAUGCUAGGCGGGGUUGGAGCCAGGGCUUGUCUGGGUCUGAGCUGGGGGAACAGUGGUCCUUCCUGCAAGGGCUCUGUGACUACCUGCCCGUAUCUUUCGGAGCAAACUAAGGGCCUGGGAAUGCCCCCAGCCCGGCCCCCUUACCCUGAUUGGGGGGAGGGCCGGGCUGGACAGCAGCUUCCUUCCUCCCUCAGCCAUGGAUCUCUUGCCCCCCAAACCCAAGUACAACCCUCUUCGGAAUGAAUCUCUGUCAUCAUUGGAAGAGGGGACUCUGGGACCCUUGUCCCCUGGGGAGCUGUCCUCUCCAUCUGCCUCUUCUUUGGGACCCAUUUUGCCCCCUGUGCUAGGGGAUGAUAGUCCUACGACCCUUUGCUCUUUUUUCCCUCGGAUGAGCAAUUUGAAGCUAGCCAAUCCAACUGGGGGGCGACUGGGGCCCUCUGAAGAGUCAGGACAGGGACCUGAGGAGAGGGAAAGAAAUGCAGGGGGGGCUGGGCCAGACUCGGGUCCUUCACCUCUUCUCCAGGACAUGAACAAACUGAGCGGCGGGCGGAGGACUCGGGUGGAAGGGGGCCAGCUGGGGGGUGAGGAGUGGACUCGUCACGGGAGCUUUGUCAACAAGCCAACUCGGGGUUGGUUGCAUCCCAACGAAAAGGUCAUGGGACCUGGAGUUUCCUAUCUUGUUCGGUACAUGGGUUGUGUGGAGGUCCUCCAGUCAAUGCGGGCUUUGGAUUUCAGUACUCGUACCCAGGUCACCAGGGAAGCCAUCAGUCUGGUGUGUGAGGCUGUGCCUGGGGCUAAGGGGGCUGCACGGAGGAGAAAGCCCUGUAGCCGCCCACUCAGCUCCAUACUGGGGAGGAGUAAUCUAAAGUUUGCUGGCAUGCCCAUUACCCUAACUGUUUCUACCAGCAGCCUCAACCUCAUGGCUGCAGACUGUAAACAGAUCAUUGCCAAUCACCACAUGCAGUCAAUCUCAUUUGCAUCCGGUGGAGAUCCGGAUACUGCAGAGUAUGUUGCCUAUGUUGCCAAAGAUCCUGUCAAUCAGAGAGCCUGCCACAUCCUGGAGUGUCCAGAAGGACUAGCACAGGAUGUCAUCAGCACCAUUGGCCAGGCCUUUGAGCUGCGCUUCAAACAGUACCUCAGGAACCCACCCAAGCUUGUCACUCCCCAUGACAGGAUGGCUGGCUUUGAUGGCUCAGCUUGGGAUGAGGAGGAAGAAGAGCCCCCUGAUCAUCAGUACUACAAUGACUUCCCAGGGAAGGAGCCCCCUCUUGGGGGAGUGGUAGACAUGAGACUUCCUCGUCCAGCCCCCCCCAGCACUCAGGCUGCCAGCCACCUAGGAGCCACUUUGCCCGUUGGACAGAUCGCUGGCAGUGACUUUGAGGGCCGGAAACAGCUCCCUACUCCUGGGCCAGGUAGAGAAUUAUUUGAUGAUCCCUCCUAUGUCAAUGUCCAGAACCUGGAAAAAGUCCGGCAAGGAGCUGGUGUUUCUUCCAACCCUACUACCAAUGGCAGUGCCCCACGUGACCUUUUUGACAUGAAGCCAUUUGAAGAUGCGCUUCGGGUCCCCCCACCUGCCCCUACAACAGCAAUGGCGGAGCAGCUCCGAGGGGAGCCUUGGUUCCAUGGGAAGUUGAGUAGGCGGGAGGCUGAAGGGCAGCUGAGGAUCAAUGGGGAUUUUCUGGUUCGAGAGAGUACAACCACCCCAGGCCAGUAUGUCCUUACUGGCCUGCAGAGUGGCCAGCCCAAACAUUUGCUGCUUGUUGAUCCUGAAGGCGUGGUUCGGACAAAGGAUCACCGAUUCGAAAGUGUCAGUCACCUCAUCAGCUACCACAUGGACAAUCACCUACCAAUCAUCUCUGCAGGGAGCGAGCUAUGUCUUCAGCAACCAGUAGAACGGAAGCUAUAACUGACCUGAUCCUGUUUCCAACCCUAUUUCAGCCUCCAGGACACUCCCUUUCACUUUUCUGGUCCCAAUUCCAACAGUUUUCUUGGGGGAAAUGUUAUGGUUGCAGCACUCUGUGAUAUCUGUAACUGGCCUAGAUCCUUGGGUUCAGGUCCUGGAGGAGAGAUUAAUCCUUCUCUUCUACAAGAGUAUUAGUGCCCAUGCCAGCCUCAUGGAUCUAGGCAAGAUCCCCUAACAAGAGAGAGGAAUCUUAGGGACAAUUCCAGUGGAAUGGGAUUUAUCUUCAAAGGGACAAAAUUCUAUCCCUUCUCCAGUGUUUAAAACCUUGUGCCUUUGACCAUGCGCCAGGUCCAAAUAAGUUUUAUGCAAAGUUUAUCUGUGGGCUAGAAAUGUUUGAUAUUCUGCCUCUAGAAUCAUGUUCCCUCAGCCCUCCUUUAGCCUGGUUCUACCAGACUGGGCUUGGAAGACAAGGGGAAGAUACGGUUGCUUGUCCUUCAUCAAAGAGGAUGUUCAGUCCUCAUAGCCUAGCCCAGAACACCACUUCCUGGCCAGGGGGAGGUGAAUGUCCAGUCCCCAAUUCUCCCCUCUGCCACAUACACAGAGUGCCUCCUGGCCAGGCCCCCCUACUUCAGGGGGUCUGUAUAUACAUUUCGUAAACAUCCACCCUCCCUACCCCCAGCGUUGCAUGCACAUUGUCCUACUUUACAGCCAAAGUGUAGCCCCUUGUAGCCUCUCCAACUCCUUUGAGUUGGACAGUGAAUCCAGUGUUUGGUUCUUCUAUACAGUCAACUCUCAAUUUUCUGCAUUAAUUUGAGGGGUAAUGGUUAUCUAUAAUUGUGGAUAAUUCCCAUAUAAUUUUUUUUAUUUAGUUUGGGAAGUUAUAGUUUUUGCAACUGAAUUAUUUCCUAAUUUUGUCUUGCUUGAGCACAAAAGUUAUCUUUAUAUAUGUAGCACCUUUUUUAUUUUUUCAAAGACUUAAUCUAUUAUAUCAUUUUAGCAUCAUGACAAGCCUGUGAGAUAAGUAGCAUAGGCAUUAUUAUCUCCAUUUUACAAUUGAGAAAACUGAUGCAUAGAGGUUAGGUGAUUGUUGAAAGCCACAUAGACAGUAAAUGGCCAGGACUGAAAACCAGACCUCAUCUUAGCCUAGAAAAGGCUGGAAUUUAACUUUGCUGCAGAUAAGCCUCAGAGAGGAGCAUUUAAAUCAAUGUAUUUAUUGAGUACCUGUUGCUAGACAGUGGGAGGAAUACAGAAGAGAUAGAAGAUACUCCUUCUGAGGAGUUGUGGUUAAUGGAGAGUUGACUGUAUCUUUACCUCUUCUAUUUCUCUCUCCUACCCUUAUUUUGUUUGAAUCGAUUCACGGGUCUCACUUAUACCAAAGGGAAAUGUCAUUAAAGAUCAUUAUUUCUUUUAU